AUGUCGAGUCCUGUGGACAGGGCCGCAAGCACAGAUGCUCCCACACAUCGAGCACCGCGCAGAGCAGGCGGCAGCAGCACCUCGCUCAGCUCGCUCCCUUCGCGCCUCGUCGCACCGCCGCCGCCCACGCUCAAGCCUUCCUCGCCCGACGUGCAGCUCGACCUCAGCUCGGCCGCAUCCGCCUCCACCGCCCACACCCACGCAACACUGCGCUCGGCCAGCGAUGCACCUCGUCCACGCUCCGUGCUGCCUUCCUCCUCCAGCCCACGCCCCACCACCAGCGUCAUCGAGUCGAGCCAGCUCUGGAAGACUUCCGCCGCAAAACGUGCAGAGAAGAGCUGGGCACUCCAGACCGAGCGCGCGCUCUACUCGGACGCCAAGUUCAAAAAGUACCUCGCCCUCGUAGAGCGCACGCUCGCAUCGUUCGACAGCGUCAGCGAGUGGGCCGAUUUCAUCUCAUUCCUCGCGCGCCUCCACAAGGCCAUCCAGGCGUAUCCGGCGUACAACGUGGUGCCGCGCAAGCUCAUCGUUGCAAAGCGCCUCGCACAGUGUCUCAACCCGGCGCUGCCGUCGGGUGUCCACCAGCGCGCGCUCGACGUCUACCACCACAUCCUCAGCGUCGUCGGCCCCGACGGCCUGCGUAGGGACCUUCACGUAUGGACGUCGGGCCUCCUCCCCUUUUUCCAGUAUGCCUCCACGUCGGUCAAGCCUACGCUGCUCGCCAUCUACGAGACUUUUUACCUGCCGCUCCACGACGACCUGCGUCCGCUCACAAGGGCGCUCCAGAUGGCGCUGCUCCCCGGUCUCGAGGAGGAAACGAGCGAGUACUUUGACCGCACGCUUCGCCUGCUCGACCGCAUCUCGGACGCCGUGGAGCCGGCCUACUUUCUGCAGAACCUCUGGCUCACGCUCAUCACCACGCCGUUCGUGCGCCUCGCCGCGCUCAACUACCUCACCCGCAGGAUGCCCGACCUCACGCAGCACGACGAUCCCACGCUGCUCGUCGGUAAAGAUCUUGGCCUCAUGGUUCGCGGUCUUGCCCACGCCCUCGACGAUGACCUGCUGCUCGUGCGUCGCAACACGCUCGACAUCCUCGUCACCCAUCUCGCCGUCGACAAGCCGCUCUUUCGCCGAUUCGUCAAACGCCCCGACCAGAUCCUCCUCGUUCGAUCCGCCCUGCACGUCGUUCUCCGCAAGGACCUCAGCCUCAACCGUCGGCUCUACACCUGGCUCCUCGGCGCAGAUGAGACACCCGCGGCACAGAUCGCCUUUCUCGAUGCAAACGCACUCGACCUCGUCCGCAGCGCUCUCGCACAGGGUUUUCAUGGCGCCUCGGCCCUCGACACGCUCGAGCGCCAGAAACCGUACCGCAUCUUUGUCUCGCUGCUCGACAAGUGGGAGAUCGGCCAGUCGCUCACACGCGUCCUCGCCCUCGACGCCUUCUACGCCAUCAGCCUCCAGGUCGCAAAGAGGCAGGAGGAGGAACUGGUGACCACGGCAAAGAUGCUCUUUGAAGUCAUCGAUCCGUUUUUGCUCUACGGCCGAUUCUUUCACGCCAUCACCGAGUCCUUGCAGCCCGAAAAAGGCUCCGAGGAAGAGGGGAGAUCGCCCCUGUCGCUGCUCUGCUUUAUAUUCAAGGCGUUUCACAUCCACGACGACGAGACAAAGCACAUUCACGUGCCGCUGCUCUUUGCCGCCAUCACGCAGCUGCUUGACCAGCGCCUUACGCAACCUGGCGGUGAUUCGACUACGGACUUGCUCGAUGCGCUCGAGCUGCUCAAGCUGUUGAUUACCGCCAUGCCCUCGCGCGUGUUUGUGCGCAUCGCCGAGCCAGCGCCCGCCGAGCCAGCGCCCGCCGAGCCAGCGCCCGCCGAGCCAGCGCCCGCCGAGCCAGCGCCCGCCGAGCCAGUCGACGCAUCGUCAUCGGCCAGCCCGGACUUUUGGCAGCGCGCACACCGCCUCUACGCCUCGAGCGAGACCGACAGCCAGCACGCCGCACGCCACUUUGUGGGCUUUCAAGACGCCGCCUCGGCCAGCGCGCUCGUCGAGCUGCUCAGCCAUGUAGCGCUGCGGUGUGGCGAGCGGGCGCGCGAGUCGGCGGCGCGAACCGAGCUGUUUGUGCGCGCGCUCGAUGUGUUUGCCGACCUCAUGCGCGUGCUCGACGGGUCCGAGGCGGCCGACGAGAUCGCGCUCGUGCGCGCCGAUGCAUCCAGCGCACCGCUGCGCACACAUAAGCUGCAUUGGAACGCCGACAACUGGGCCGAUUUGCUGCUGCCGUUUCUUGAGCAUGUCGCGUCGUUUGCGCAGGUGGAGCGCAUCGUCGAGGUGCUCAUCUCGUGCUGCAUCUGUCGCGCGCUCGACCGCCCGCUCGUGCUCGAUGCGCCCACGCGCGUCGACCGCAUCGUCGCCGCACUGCUUCGCUACCUCAGCCCGGCCAUGGCACCCUACCACGUGCGCGCCGUCGAGCUGCUCUGGGCCACCAACAAGGUCACGCGCCGCUCGCGCCUCGAGACCGCACUGGCGCAUCAGCUUAGCCAAGGCAAUGCAGCCGCGCGCGCUGCAGCACUCACGGCGUUCGGCACGUACUGGCGGCUGAGCGAGGAUGUGUCGACGGACGAGCUGCGCACGCCUUUGCUGCUUGUGCUCGACCGGCUGCAGGCGGCCGAUGCCGACGAGCGGCAGCACGCCGAGCUCUGGCUGCGCGCACACGUCCGCUCGUACGUCAAGCUCGUCGAUCCACUCGUGCACAUGCUCGUCCACAACCAGCCUGCGCAACUCGCACCCGCCACAGUCGACCUCGACGGCAUCAGCGUGGCGAUCACCCACGUCGAGCAGCCGUACAACCACGAGAUGGUGGUGUAUGCGCUGCGUACGCUCGCCGCGCUCGUGCGCUUCGCCGGCGCGGGUCUCGUCAAGGCACUUGCGUCCACGUCUCUAUCGGCGUCCCUCAGCACAACCACCAAGCAGCUCGUGCGCGCCAAGACGCUCGAUGGCGCCGCGAGCUAUCUGGACGUGGUGCUGGACGAGUGCGUCGUGUGGAUGCGCACGUAUCCGGCAGUGCAGCUCGAGGCGCAGCUCGCGGCGUCGUCCGACACGCUGCGUGCUGCCGCAGUGGAUGCCAUGCACGGCCUCCUCCAGCGUGCCGCCGUGUCGCCGAGCCGCACCGACGAGCUGGAGCGCGAGCUGAUCCAGGCGCUGCUAGUUGGCGUGCAUCGCGGCGCGACGGCGGUGCAAAACCGCAUGCUGCAUACGCUGCACACCCUGCUCGCAGCCAAGACGGGCGCCGCAGCCCAGCGCACUGCUGCCUCGGCAGGCAUGCAUUCGCGCACCGACUCGACAGGACGCAGCGAGGCGGAUGCUCCACAACCUUCGCCGUCGCCCCAGAUAGCGCAACCGCACCCGCUGCUGCUGGCCAUGCUGCAGCGCGGCCUCUCGACGCCGUCGAAUCGAGCCAUGCUGCAGCACUGGUCGGACUUUGUGCUGUCCACCGCACCGCUGUACCGGCGGCAGGCGGUGGGGCUGCUGCUCGCGCUCAACAGCAGCGUAUGUGCGCAGCUCGACGCAGCGAUGCGCGAAGUGAGCGUCGCAUAUGCGCCCGCACCCAGCAGACCCACGUUUGGCGCCGAAGUCGUAGUGGCCGAGAGCGACGCACAGUGCAGCGUGCUCGAACCGGACGUGCUGCUGCUCGUCCACCUCGUCGAACGCACGCUCAUGCUCGCCACGCCGCAGCUGGGCCACGAUGGCACAGGCGCUCGCACGGCGUCUGCAUCUUUGGGCGCGACUGGGCAGUCGGAGAAGGCGAGCGGCGAGAGCGCACCAGGCAUCCUGGGCUACGUCAGCAAUGUCUUUGCGUCGGAUGGAGGCGGCGACGACAAGGCGGAGGAUGGUGCGGCAGCGCGUCGACGCGCACUGGCGGUGAGCGUAUCUACGCUGCACGGCGUAUGGGAGCGGUGCGGACUGGAGCUGUCUGCAACGGACGCCAAGUCGCUCUCGCUCGAAGCGAUGAAUAGCAAAGUGCGGGUGCGAUGCCGGCGGGCAUUUGACCGCAUCUACCGUGCUCACCCGGGCGAGACGGUCGAGGCGCUGCUGCGGUGCUGGCAGCGCGCGCGGCACGACACGCGCGGGGCCGAGGCGGUGGUGGAGGUGCUGGCGAUCGUGACACCGAGCGCGCAGAUCCUGGUGACAUUCCUGUGCGACGUGCUGGGCACACGCAUGAUCCGCGGCGAUGCUGAUCGAUCGCGGCGCACAGCCAGCUCAAACGCGGCGGUGGCGGUGAGCGAUGCGACGCUGCUGCUGUUCUUUGAGCAGGUGCUGGAGCGCAUGGAUCCGGCCGAGGCGACGCAGGUGUGGCCGGUGGUGAUUGUGCUCGUCAAGGAGUUUGUGGCGAGUGCACUGGCGCGCAAGGUGCACGUGUACCCGAUGCUGCGCAUCCUCACCGCGCUGGGCGAGAAGCUCUGUCUCACCGCCGGCAUCGAGGAAAGACGCACGCGGCGCGAGCUGCAGGACAACUACGCCAAGCUGGUGGACGCGUGCAUUCUGCUGUCGGGGCGGUCGCUGGAUGCGUCGACGUGGAUGCGGCGCUCGGGACGCGACGAGGAUGUGGGCGUGGAGCGCGAGGCGGACGAGCUGGCGUGUGCGCUUGCGCACGAAGCGUCCGGCGUAGUCGAGGCGAUCAAUGUGUUUCUGGCGACGCGCGCGUUGGCAGCACUGCGCAAGAUGCAACUCGACACGGAUCGCGUGCAAGCACUCGUUGCGAAUGCGGUGUACUACAUUGCGGCGCCUGCUGCGCGCACGCGGAGCGAAAAGCUCGAAGUGGAACCCCACGUCGUGGCGCUGCUGUCGGAGCUGGUACGGAUGCCCGGGACGGUCAAGGCGUGGCGCAGCACGGUCGGGGAUCUCUUCGGCGACGCACGCUUCUUUAGCAUGGGCAUUUCGAGUGCGACACGGUGGAAGCCGAUCGUGGUUGCGUUGCUGACGCAGGACAAGGAGCGACUGGCCGACGUGCUGGCGCGCGUCUCGACGGCCUCGACGGCAGCCAACAUCUUUGCGAACCGCGAGCUGGAGAUGGUGUCGCGCGCGCUGAGCCUGCGUCGACUUUCGUUUACGCUGUUUGCGGGCGAGCGCGAUGCGUUUGUGGUGCAGCUUGCGCAGAUCCAGGAAAAGGUGGUGGAGCUGCUGCGCACGGCGCCGAGCGAGGUGCUGCAGGCCGAGGUGUACCUGUGCCUGCGCGUGGUGCUGGUGCGGUUCAGCGCGCGCCAUCUGACGAGCUUUUGGCCCGUGCUCAUGACGGAGCUCAUGCGGCUGUACGACGGCGUGGCGAGCGAGCCGGAGCGGUUCGAGCAGAGUGCGGAUGCGCGCCAGCUGGUGCUGUCGACACUCAAGCUGCUCGACAUGCUGGUGCUGCUGCAGCCAGACGAUUUCCAGAUCAACGAGUGGAUGUUUAUCACCGACACCAUCGACGCCGUGUAUCCGUCGGACGACUUUCACGCAGAUACGCUGCUGGAUGCGCUUGCCGCGACGUUUUCGCGCGACACUACGGCCAGCAGUGGCAAGACCGGCGCGAGCUCACAGCAGCAUCAGGGCGGAGCGGGGGCAGGUGCGGCUGCAAACGGGCAGCGACGGCUGGAGCUGGGCCACAUGCGAACGAUCUCAUCGCUGGGCGAGGUGGUGCCAUUCCUGCACUCGGUGUCGCAGAACGCAUUCGAGGCGCACUACUCGGACGGCGGCGUGGACAUGGAGCAUGUCGAGGCGUGUCUGCUGCGCGACAUGUUUGAUGGCGAUGACGACUCGCGAUCGGGCGCCGAUUCGUAA